AUAAAUUGCAGCAGCUCCCUGCUGAGAUAACAGAGCUCCUUAGGAGAGGCACAGCAGCACUGCAGUAAGGAAGAGCCCACGUACAGCUGCAAUGCUCAGCACAAAGCCUCUCCUGCUGCUCCUGCUGCUCCUCAGCAUCUCCCAGCACAGCUCCACAGCCCCAUAUGCACCUUCAGAAUGCUGUUUCACACUCGCAAAAGCUGCACUCCGGUUCGAAGUGCUGAAGAAUUUCUAUGAGACUUCCAGUGACUGUCUUCUGAAAGCAAUUGUGUUUGAGACAAAGGGCGGGAUCAAGGUCUGUGCAAAACCAAAUGCACCUUGGGUGAAGAAAGCAAUUAAGAAUCUUCAGAAAAAGAAGGAACCUCAAGCUGUGUGAUGCAGAGCGGACACCCGAGUCGAGGAUCACAGCUUCCUGAUGGGAAGAUUUACACUCAGCCUCCUGCGGAGGUCCCCGAUGCUGACAGUGACUCCCCAGAGCCCUGCAGGGCACCCGAGGUGCUGCAGCCCUGCCAGCUCCCACCUGCAGAACACAGCUCCAAAAUAAAGGUUUA